UGAUAGCAACAAUUGGGCCAUGUGGGUAGUGCAUGGAAUACGCAAAUUGAACGGAUCUAGCGCCAUAUAUGCGAUGGGUUGGGAUGUCAGCGCUAGAGACACAGUCUACCCGACGGUGGGAUUCGGCAAAUCCCGCUCCUUGCAUAAGUAUUGCAGAAAUUCAUCGAAACCAUCAGGGAACACCUCCCCUUUGAAAUCAAGGUAAUUUCUGAUAAUUGCAAGUCAUUUCCCUGUUUUCGAGGACCGCAGUCGUGCUUGAUUUCCAAUAGCUGGGAGUUCUCAAACAGUCCCGGGCCGGGAGUCGGUUGCAACACCUUUGACGAGAACGACACGGCACACUUCCUUUCAUUCCUCGAGGAGCUUCGCCAGCACCCAGUGGGAGAAAAUCUCACCCUCUCUGCCGCCGUAGGAUUGGCACCCUUCUUUGACGCUACCGGAAAAUCUUUGACUGACGUUACUGGGUUUGCGAAGGUCAUCGAUUACGUCGCAGUGAUGAAUUACGAUAUUUGGGGUUCUUGGUUUCCGACUGUGGGGCCAAACGCACUAUUGAACGACACCUGCGCCUCGUCUGCGAACCAACAGGGCUCUGCCGUUUCUGCAGUCAAGGCUUGGACGGACGCAGGGAUGCCUGCCAACGAGAUUGUGCUUGGCGUUGCUUCCUACGGUCACUCGUCUCAUUGACAACGGUUUCCUCACCGAGCAAGGCAUGCCUGCUGAGGGCAUUCACUACAGAUAUGACGAGUGCAGUCAGACACCGUAUAUGACCUCACAGGUUAUGAUCUCGUUCGA